AAAUUGACGGUCAAGAGGGUCAGCCUCACUGUACUAACUCCUCUCGCCUCACCAUCUUUUUGAAAUACAUUCUCUUUUUGUGAAACCAAAUAAAUUUAGGGUUAGGGCUUGUGAAUCUCACGCCCUUUCAUCUUCUAAUUUUCCAGUUCUCUGCUUCUUCUUCUUUCUACUACUUCGAGAUGGCAGGCAGUGGAGUUGUUACAGUGUACGGCAAUGGUGCUAUUACUGAGACCAAGAAAUCACCUUUCUCUGUCAAGGUGGGUCUGGCCCAGAUGCUUCGCGGCGGCGUUAUCAUGGACGUUGUCAACGCCGAGCAAGCGCGCAUCGCGGAGGAGGCCGGGGCUUGUGCCGUCAUGGCUCUGGAGCGGGUUCCCGCCGACAUCCGCGCCCAAGGCGGCGUCGCUCGGAUGAGCGACCCGAGCCUCAUCAAGGAGAUCAAGCAGGCGGUGACUAUUCCGGUGAUGGCCAAGGCUCGUAUCGGUCAUUUCGUGGAGGCUCAGAUCUUGGAGGCCAUCGGCAUCGAUUAUGUUGAUGAGAGCGAGGUUCUCACCGUCGCCGACGAGGACAACCACAUCAACAAGCAUAAUUUCAGGAUCCCCUUCGUCUGCGGCUGCCGGAACCUCGGGGAAGCCCUUCGCCGGAUUCGGGAGGGCGCGGCGAUGAUUCGUACCAAGGAGGCCGGGACAGGCAACAUCGUGGAAGCGGUAAGGCACGUGAGGUCGGUGAUGGGGGAGAUUAGGGUGCUGAGGAACAUGGAUGACGAUGAGGUCUUCACCUACGCCAAGAAGCUUUCUGCGCCCUACGAUUUGGUGAUGCAGACGAAGCAAUUGGGGAGGCUGCCCGUCGUGCAUUUCGCCGCCGGCGGUGUCGCUACCCCGGCUGACGCCGCGCUGAUGAUGCAGUUGGGUUGUGAUGGAGUUUUCGUGGGUUCUGGGGUGUUCAAAAGUGGCGACCCCGCCCGACGAGCGAGGGCUAUUGUGCAGGCCGUGACGCAUUACAGUGACCCAGAUGUGCUUGCGGAGGUGAGCUGCGGAUUGGGUGAGGCAAUGGUGGGUAUCAAUCUCAAUGACGAGAAGGUUGAAAGGUAUGCAAAUCGGUCAGAGUAAGCAUCAACAGCAAUUGGGUAUGGAUGCAAAUGCUUGUAGGUGACGCAGAUAGGUCACUCUUGGAACAAUACAGUAUAUUUGCUUCAUUGGUUGUUUCCUUAGCUCUUAAAACAUUAUAGGGUUCUUAUGAAUUCACCUCUGUUUCAGUUUAAAAAUAGACUACAGAGAAAUAAAUUUGUUAUUUUUAAUUAUGAAGUUCUUUUGACAUUUAUUUAUUGCAC